UUAAGUCUAAUUAGAAUAAUUUGAAAAAAAAGCAAUCUGCAACUUCUUGGAUUUCAUUCACCAGUGAAAUCAAGACUCAGUCAACACGAUAUUAAUUGCUUGAUUUGCUGUUGGAUUUCUUUCUUUCUAUUCUCUUGUGCUGCUGAGUUUGCAGAGUGUAAUGGUCUAAACGAAGGACGAGUGUGAGGUGGCGAUGGAGAGGACGACUGUGAGAAAAGGUGGAAAGCCCAACCGUGGUGGGGGGCGUCACAACCGGAGAGGCGUUGGUGGGCGUGGCGGUGGGCGCGGCGGUGGACGCGGCAGAGGAGAUGGUGGGGGCCGAGGUCGGGGUGGCUGGUCGUCUUCUAGAAAGGGCGGUCUGGAUCUGGAUGACUCGGUGGAUGGCCCGGUGGUUGGUGGCUACUACGAUGAUGAUGACUGGGACGGCGGGUACAACUCACAGCCAAAGUCAGCCCGUGGAAGGUCAGCGGGUGGAAGGUCAGCGGGUGGAAGGUCAGCGGGUGGAAGGUCAACUGGUGGAAGGUCAACUGGUGGAAGGUCAAUGGGUUCAAGGUCGACAGGUGGAAGGUCGGCUGGUGCAGGAUCAGGCACUUCAAGGUCAAAUGACACUGGGUCAGCUGGAUCAAGCAGUGCUCGGGGUCGAGGGUCUCACUCAAAGGUCAAGGUUGAGAUGCAACAUUUGUACAUGAGCCCCGAGAACCAGGAGCUGGUGCGGGCGACGCUGCUUUCUUUACACGCCGGCAUGGAAGGGGACAACGACGAGGACAUAGAUGAAGAGUACAAUGAAGAAGCUGACUAUGACGAGCUAGACGUGCGUGCGGAGGACCAGUACUGGAUGACGGAGAGGCCCCUUGUGCUCGAGGAGGCUCGCAACUACGGGGGAACGGCCCUCGGCAGUCACGGAGCCGUUCCUGUCACACCCGAGAACAGUUUCGCUAUCAGCAAACUCCAGCGGUGUGGCUUCAGUCGUGAACUGUGUCAGGAGGCCCUGCAGGUGUGUGAUGAUGACACGGGCUCGGCCCUGGAGUACCUCCUCAACGACCUCUUCCUCCUCUCCGCUCCGCACGACUCUCCUUUCUCAGGGAGGAACAAAGAGGAGGAUGAGGUUUCGACAGCCUCCAAGAUGGCUGAAGCGGAAGAGGCGCGAGAGGAAGAGAAAAUGGCGCUAGAGGCUAUCUACGAGUCCUCCUUCCAGGAGCGCAUUCCCAACAGGGUAUGGAGCUUACAGUUGCAGCUACCCGAGCUGCUGCAGAUUUUGUGUGCCAGAGUCGACGCAGCCAGUGUGGGUCGUAGUUUAGCAGUCCUCAACCCGCCAAAAAGCCGCAAAGUGUGCCCGUUCUAUUUGAAAGGCUCGUGUAAGUUUAAGGAUCGCUGCAGAUUCUCGCACAGCCGGCAGGAUAGUAAGGCGGGUGAGCGUGGGGGCGGCCCAGCGGCGUCAUCCGACGACAGUUCCACUCAUCAGCACCCGAUCUACGACAACCUCCGGGUACUGGAGGAGGAGGAGAAGAGCCCGUUCAGCAUUGAGGUUCGAUUCCCCCCGGGGAACCUGUACCCCCAGGAACCCCCGGUGUUAGCCUUUUCCUCUCUGGUGCCCGAGCUCGCUGCUCACACACGGCUAAAUAUAGCGCAGUUUUUGAUGUCUGAGGCCCGCCAGGCCUCCCUGGAUCAUCUCCCUUGUGUGUUUACGUUGGUUAGUUCUCUCGAGGAUAAGGAGACUCUGGAACAGCUGUUGUGUUUACCACCCCCUGAAAUUAGCCGCCCGGUGAUCCCCGAACCCCCAGAGACUCCCCAAGUGGCGGAGAGCAAAAACUCUCCACGCUCCAAGUCGCAGAGCACGUCGAGUAACCACCACAGUCGUCAGUCUCCUCCACCCAGCCAGCCAGACUCUGUCAAUGCCGGUCACCGCUCUUCAGGAAAAAGCAGUGGUGGUGGUGACCAGCGGCAUUCUGGGAGUGGGGAGGCGGGACGGGCUCCGAAGCCAGUGCAGCCCGCCCCUCAGAGGAAAAGGGAGCGCAGUCCGGCAAGGCAUAACCCCAUGGGCAUGCAGAGACAGAACAAAGCUAUACAGGAGGAGUUCUUCAGAAAACAGGUGCGGUAAGAGCACACAGGUGCCGCAGUACCUCCUGGACACGGCCCUGGGGCAGGCUGAGUUCUCCGCCAACAUCGUGUGCACGCAGCCGCGGAGGAUCUCCGCCAUGGCCGUGGCUCAGAGGGUCGCUGAGGAGCGCUGCGAGAAACUGGGCAAGUCUGUGGGCUACCAGAUACGGCUGGAGAGUGUCAUGGUACCGGCUAGAAGACAAGUCCCCCUACGCCCGCCCCCUCAAACGCGCCAACGCCAACCCGCGCUACUCUGACCUGACCUCCGACUCCGACCUUCUCCAGGACCACUGGGGGUCAUCGCAGGGGUCACAGGGGUCACAGCCGGCCAGUGACCGAGUGCUGGACAUGAACCUCAGCCCUGCGCAGUGGAAACUGAGAUACCCUGAUUACCAGUCAGUGACCCUGAAGACUUUGUCUACCCUGGACAUGGACAAGAUAAACUACGACCUGCUGGUGGCACUGUUGGAGUACAUCGCGACAGGGAACCAUGAGUUCCCCCAGGAAGGAGCUAUCCUGGUGUUCCUCCCUGGCUUUGCAGAGAUCCAGACUCUGUACGACUUGCUGCUGGCGACCUCAGAGUUUGGUCUGCGGAACAAGGGCAGGUACAAAAUCAUUCCUCUCCACUCGACGCUGUCUUCAGAGGACCAGAACGCAGUCUUCCGCAAACCUAAAGAGGGUGUGACCAAGAUUGUGAUCGCCACCAACAUUGCUGAGACCUCCAUCACCAUCGAUGACGUCGUGUUUGUCGUUGACGCGGGCAGAAUGAAGGAGAAAAGGUACGACCAGGCCAAGAGCAUGGAAAGCCUGGAGACGGUGUGGGUGUCGCGGGCCAACGCCCUCCAGAGGCGCGGCCGAGCGGGCAGGGUCAAGGAGGGGGUCAGCUUCCACUUGUUCACCUCACACCACUACAACUUCUUCCUGAGGGAUCAGCCCAUUCCUGGACGUUUUGUCCCAGCUGGUGGAGAGUCCAAGUGAGGAGGCGGUGCAAGGGGCCCUGUCUCGUCUACGCGACCUGGGGGCUUUGGACAAACAGGAGGAUCUGACUCCUUUGGGCUACCAUCUGGGAUCUCUGCCUGUAGAUGUCAGGAUCGGUAAACUCAUGCUGUUUGGCGCCAUCUUCCGGUGUCUGGACUCUGCCCUGACUAUUGCAGCAACGCUCAGCUUCAAGUCUCCUUUUGUAUCCCCGUUUGGUUUGAAGCAAGAGUCGGAUGAAAAGAGGAAGGAGUUUGCCAUGGGUAACUCUGACUAUCUCACUAUGCUGAAUGCUUACAAGCGCUGGACAGAGGCCAAAGAGAGGGGGUCCCACCAGGCGUAUCUUUUCUGUCAGGAGAACUUUCUGUCCAUCAAGACCUUACAGAUGCUGAACAGCCUGAAGCAGCAGUACGUGGAGCUUCUCUCCUCCAUCGGUUUCGUCCGGUCUGGUCUGCGGCAGAGAGACGUGGAGAGGGCGGGGAGGGGGGGGUCUGAUGGGGUGGCUGAGAUCACUGGAUUGGAGUUCAACGUAAACUCUCAGAACUGGAAGCUGUUGUCGGGUAUUCUGGUGGCGGCGCUGUACCCCAACAUCGUGCAGGUUCUCACCCCGGACACACGCUACCACGCCAGUAGUGCUGGUGCUGUGAUGCGAGCCCCGAAUGCUGAUGAGUUGAAGUUCAAGACCAAGGCGGAUGGUUAUGUAUACCUCCGCGACAGUUCUAUGGUUUCUGUCUACCCGCUCCUUCUGUUCGGAGGGGACGGUGUGUCUGUAGAACUGUACCAGGGGAACUUCCUGCUGUCCGUGGACGAUGGCUGGAUCAAGUUCAUGGCCGCUUCCCCAGAGGUAGCGGAGCUGUUGCGAGAGUUGCGGCGAGAGAUGGACCAGCUACUGGAAGACAAAAUCUCCAACCCCGACACCGACCUCAGCACGUGCCCUCGGGGCAGUCAGAUCAUACACUGUAUUGUGUCGCUUAUCUCCAGUCAGUGACGUCACCGGUCGUUUGUCACUGAUGUCACGUGUCAUUUGUCAGUGAUGUCACACGUCAUUUGUCAGUGAUGUCACACGUCAUUUGUCAGUGA